CUCUCUUUCGCUUUGUUUUGCCUGUUCCCGUUGGCCCGCGACCUCCCCCCCUGCCCCGGUUCGUCCCUUCACCGCCUCCCCCUCGUUCGCGUACGAGAACCGAUCGGCGACCGUCCCGACGCGAGACGAGAUAACGGGUGUCUCGACGGGGGUACCGAGAGAUCGUCGAUCACGUGUGACGUCCCGCGACGUGGAAGUUUCGAAACGCGGAGAUACGCCAGGACGAGGACAGCCGGGACCAGGGUAAAGGGGACUCGUUUGGUGAAAUACACGGGAUGAACACCGUUCUCGAGAUGCAGAGGAAGUUAUAUCCUCCGGCGCAAGUUUGGAGAACGAUCCAGACGCGAUCGGAUGUGUAACGAGGCGCUACCGUCGAGGAUAACAACCAGCCAGCCCAGGCUGUACCCGUGCGAACGGAUUUUUCAUUGGACGAUCGGCCAGGAGCUUCCAUGAAGACACCACACCUCAGCGACCAUGAAGACUGAUCGCCUGCCAAUAAUUGCCAAGCUCUGCGCGCUGCUGACGCUGUUCGGUCCCCGCGAUGCCGUUGCGCUCGACAUACGAUCGUGCAACCAAUCGCUGGGGAUGGAGUCUGGCGGCAUACCGGAUUCAGCCAUUACGGCGUCCUCGUCGUAUGUGACGAACGUGGGUCCACGGAAUGGCCGGUUACGGAAGGAGACGGCCGGCGGAGCCUGGUGCCCGAAGAGCCAAAUAGAAAGAGGGGUUCGCGAGUGGCUGAAAGUGGAUCUGCCCGGGCCUCACGUGAUCACCGGUGUACAGAGUCAGGGUCGUUACGAUCACGGCCGUGGCCAGGAAUACGUCGAAGAGUAUACCCUCGAGUAUCGACGUCCGGGGUUCACCGAGUGGCGGCGAUAUAAGCGCUGGGAUAACAAGGAGGUUCUGGCCGGGAACAGCGACACCUCCACCGUGGUAUCCCAUCGACUAGUCCCGCCGAUCUUCGCCAGCCAGAUUCGUAUUCUGCCACACUCCGAGCACAGACGCACCGUUUGCCUACGAAUCGAGCUGAGAGGCUGUCAGGACACGGGUGGUGUUGUGAGAUACACGGUCCCGGAAUCCCCGACGCCGGAGCUGGGCGACAUUUCGUACGACGGUAAAAGGCAGGACAACUUGUUGACCGAUGGUCUAGGCUGUUUGAUCGAUGGCGAGGUCGGCGCGGAUAAUUACAGGCUGGACAUGGGAGAUGGAAGAGGCACCGGUUGGGUCGCGUGGAUGCGCGACAGCCUCGACGACGAUUACGUGGAGCUCGUUUUCGAGUUCGAGGUAACCUGGAUCUUCGAGGCGGUGCACAUCUAUACCAAUAAUUAUUUCUCCCGCGACGUGCAGGUAUUCUCGAAAGCGGACGUCUGGUUCAGUCUCGACGGCGUGGACUACGAGGAGGAGCCACUGUCUUACUCCUACAUACCGGACAUCGUGCUGGAGAACGCGCGUAACGUCUCCAUAGGUUUGCACGAACGGUACGGAAAAUUUCUGAAGAUACACCUGUACUUCGCCGCCCGAUGGAUCAUGAUCAGCGAGGUGACAUUCGACGGAACCAAUCCCUACGAAAACACCACCGAAGAGUCAACGUCCGAGUUCAGUAACCGGGAAAUUCCAAUGAACCCUGAGGUGGAUCUUAACUUGCAAACAAUUACAGCGGCUGGAGAGGGUCAGGAAUAUUUAGAGGUACUAAUAGGUGUUCUGACUGCCAUUAUCCUACUUCUUCUGCUGGUGUUCGUCAUUAUUCUACUUCUGAAUCGACGGCAAAAACUUCAGAGCUCGCCGACCGUGUUGAAAAAUCCAUUCGGAUUUGCCAUAAACAUGAAGGGUCUCCUCCUAAAUUUAACCCCCGGCGGAAUGCUGACAGAGACUGCCAAUCACGUUUCGCCGGAUAUGCCGGAGGACGGGAGCAUGCACGAAUCUUUAACAAUGGAACAAUUCAAUUCACCCCUCGUCAGCCCGCAGUAUAAAUCUACGUACGCGAUAGUGGCCACUUCCGAAUCUCCGAAAGACUUGAAGGACGUGAACGUCUCGGAGGAGAGCGUUCGACUCGAUACGAGGCCCGAAUCCACCAUAGGGCCGCCUAGCUGCUCCUCGUCGCCUACCAACUCCCCCGCGCGUCAUUCUCAGCACUACAGGACCCUUCAAAGUUACUCGAGUCCAACUGCCAAACUCAAUAUCGCGGCUACGUCUAAUCACCAACGGGACGUCGAUCAGAUCCACUCGAAACGCUGGCACACAGCGCCUAAGGAGAAACACAAGAUACCGACGCCUGUUGUCAGUUGGAACAUCGCGCCCAGCAUGAACAAACCGUACAAGUGCAAGGAAAUAGAGCCCACCAAUAUACCGCGACAGUGCCUGCGUACGACAGAGAAACUUGGCUCGAGGAGUAUCGGCGAGGCGAUAGUUUGCGAAACUAUCGGAUUGGAUGACACGGUGCACGACGCCCCGCGAUUGGUGGUGGCUCGUGUGCCAGCCUGCACCAACGACAUCCGGGCAGGCAGCGGGUCGGAUCAGAUGCGAGAAGUUCGAUUUCUGUCCUGUUUGUCCGAUCCGAAUGUGGCUCGGGUCUUGGGAGUGUGCACGGUGGAGCCUGUGCCCUGGACGAUCAUCGAGUACACGGAACUCGGUGAUCUGGCCCAUUAUCUUCAGUACAGCGUGCCACUUACGGGAACGCUUAGGCCAAGCUGCAAUCUGAAAGCCCUUAGUCAAAGCUGCCUGUUGUACAUGGGGACGCAGAUAGCAUCGGGCAUGAGGUUCCUCGAGUCGAAGAAUCUGGUGCACAAGGACCUGGCAGCCAGAAACUGUCUAGUGGGCCGCUCUUACACCGUGAAAGUGACCGACAUAGCGAUGUGCAGUGACCUUUACAAGAAGGAUUACAGUGACAUAGGCGGCAGACCGCCGGCGCCGAUCAGAUGGUUGCCGUGGGAAAGCAUUCUGCUGGACAGGUACACUUGCUCGAGCAGCGUUUGGUCAUUCGCUGUCACGCUCUGGGAGGUGAUGAGCCUCGCCAGGGAGAAGCCGUUCCAACAUCUGACCAACGACCAAGUCAUACAGAACGCCGAGCAUAUGUAUUACGGAGCUGAGUUGCAGAUAUACUUGCCGCGACCGACAAUGUGCCCCGAGGAGGUAUACAGAAUGAUGUGCUCGUGCUGGCGAAGGGACGAGACCUCGAGACCCACGUUCAAAGACAUUUACACGUUCCUGAAAAACAUGAUCGCGGACUACCGACCCGGUGCAUAAACGAUCCCAGUUAACUGUGAUAAUAAAGGACGUAUCUCCAUUGGCCGACGACGAGCGUCGAGGAUGUCGAGGAUCUGUCGAGUCUGAAACCUUCGGAAGUGUACAAUCGUUAGCUUUUAGUGUGCAACGCGUUGGACGCGAGUCGCGUUUCGAGUUGCUUUCGAUCGGUGAAGAUCGAGAGGGAGGAGUGCCAUGUUCUGUCCAACGACGACGAAGGACGGAAACGGAAACGAAACGAGACGCCACCAACCACCGGAGAACUCGAAACGAUUUGUCGUGGUUUCUAGUCAGUUCGGUUCUUCGGAUUCCUACGAGAGUGCUAUAUCGUGUAUGUACAGUAUUCUGGACACCGUUUACGCGUACGCUACGAUGCUAAGCACCGAUAAGUCUAUCCAAUUGUACAUACGAAAUCUAGAUAUCGAUGCUAGGCGAACGCAGGGAACUUCUCGGAGGCGGUCGUCGCUUCGAAAGGGGCACGAUCCUCCGAUUGAGAGUCGAUCCACGAUUCCGAAGCAUCCCGUCGUUACGCGCGACGUUGUCCGUUCGUACCGGCAAAGAUUAUAGUUUGUUCUUUCAUUUAUACUUUUGCGAGAUGGGAAACUAGGCGAUAGAUUUCGUAGAGCUUCGUACGACGUAUCCUAGUUGCCUUUCGUUAUUCGAAAUGUGUGUUUUCCUCCAACGAACGAAUAAAUCUGACAGAAAGCUGGACAACUUCGCGCGGCACGACGGAAUAAUUCGCGCGACCUCGAAUCGUAUUUGAAGUUGAUUUACGGAUGAGUUUCGUUAAUAUGCGUUCGAUCGAUUCGAUGGGAUCGAAUCUCGCUCGAGAUCGUCUGUCGCGAGCUAGUCGCGACGAAUGACCGAUCUCGAGCAUCGACCAUCGGCUCUAGACGAUAAAUUUCGACUCACUUGUGUACAUUCGAUGCCACGUCUGGUAGCAAAGUACUUAUAUCGUUCCAUUGUAUUCCUUUCCGUUCGAAAAGAAAAAAAAUAAAUAAAAAACGAAGAGAUCUCACUAUCUUUAGCGGGCGGUAGACACGAGAC